UCAAUUGAGUCCCGCGCUCGACACCGUCAUGACCACGAGUGACUUGGCCACCCGGCCCAUCUCGCGAUGCAGAGGCUGUCUUGACAAGCAGCUGGCAGGGCCGCCGACUUCGCUUCUUGUCGGCCAUCUCGCCACUCGCAUCAUCGCCACUUGGGAGUGUGGGAUGGCAGCGGGGGCGGGUUUGGGGGGCGGGUCGUGUUGUGGCCUGGUGGUGGGUGCGUGCAGAGGGCCGGUGGGUGUCCUGACGCGCGGCUGCUUGUCAUGGGCCUCGUGGUGGGUGUUGCUGCCGCUGAGCAGAGGCUGCUGGGGUGCAGCAGGCUCCUCCAGCAGCCUGAGAGCCUCGAACAGCAACAGCAGGGCCGGUGGGUGGACCAU